CUUUGCCACCUUCACAUGGUCUGCAGAGUGUUGAAGGCAGAGCACUGUGGUAAGGUAUCCACCCCCAGGAGGGUGAGGAACAAGCCGUACACUGCUCUGAGGAGCCCAGCCCGGAGCAGACCAGCAAAGACAGACACUGUCCUAGCCACCUGCGGUGUGAAGUCAUCACUUUCAAUCCCCUGUGACUUGAGCCGGGGUCUUCACACCUGGGAGUGGAAGCAAAGAUCUAAGGAAUCUGAACUUUAAGAGAGAAGCUGCAGCUGCCGCUUGUGGGUUGGAACAUAAUUGCCUCUACCUCCCAGUCCCCUGCAGCUGUGACUGAAGCCAGAAGGGGCAUCGGGAGACCGCGUGGAGCAUGAGAGGUGGCAUUGCGUGACGACACCGAAGAGUGACAGUACACUCCCGUGUUCGCUGCUGGCUGUCUCCUGUGGGAGUCUUUCCAAGGCUGCCCUAGGCAUCUUCAGCAUUCACUCCCUCCCUGAAGUAGAGCUUCCUCCCCCACACUCAUACCAAGAGGAAACAAUGAAUUCCACUACUUUGGCCUAUGAGGCCAACUAUGAAACGGAUUACUCCUUGCCUCCAGAUGACCAGCCAUGCUCCCUAAAAGAGGUCAGAAAGUUCACCAAGGUAUUUGUACCAAUUGCCUACUCCUUAAUUUGUGUCUUUGGCCUCCUGGGCAAUAUUAUGGUGGUGAUGACCUUUGCCUUCUACAAGCAAGCCAGGUCCAUGACUGACGUCUACCUGUUGAACAUGGCUAUCACCGACAUACUCUUUGUCCUCACCCUACCGUUCUGGGCAGUUACUCAUGCCAUCGACGCUUGGGUUUUCAGUGAUGCGCUGUGUAAACUGAUGAAAGGCACCUAUGCGGUCAACUUUAACUGCGGGAUGCUGCUCCUGGCCUGUAUCAGCAUGGACCGGUACAUUGCCAUUGUCCAGGCAACCAAAUCCUUCCGGGUGCGCUCCAGAACACUGACGCACAGUAAGGUCAUCUGCCUGGCAGUGUGGCUCGUUUCCUUCAUCAUCUCGAGCCCCACGUUUAUCUUCAACAAGAAAUACAGCCUGCAGGAGCGGUACGUCUGUGAGCCUCAGUACAAGUCCGUCUCGGAGCCCCUCAGGUGGAAACUGCUGGGUGUGGGACUCGAGCUGCUCUUUGGGUUUUUCAUCCCUUUGCUGUUUAUGAUGUUCUGCUAUCUGUUCAUUAUCAAGACCUUGGUGCAGGCCCAGAAUUCCAAGAGGCACAGAGCCAUCCGCGUCGUGAUCGCUGUGGUUCUCGUGUUCCUAGCUUGUCAGAUCCCUCACAAUGUGGUCCUCCUCGUGACUGCGGUCAACACGGGCAAAAUAGGCCGGGAAUGCAGCACGGAGAAGGUCCUCGCCUACACCAGGAAUGUGGCUGAGGUCCUGGCUUUCCUGCAUUGUUGCCUGAACCCUGUGUUGUACGCAUUUAUUGGACAGAAAUUCAGAAACUACUUCAUGAAGAUCAUGAAGGACGUGUGGUGUAUGAGAAGGAAGAACAAUGUGCCUGGUUUCCUCUGUGCCCGGGUUUAUUCAGAAGGCUACAUCUCCAGGCAGACCAGUGAGACUGUGGAAAACGAUAAUGCAUCAUCCUUUACCAUGUAACACGUGAGCACAAAGCAACAUGCCCCGAAAAACUUUGUGAAACUUGCUAAUACACGUGAAAAAAGAAAGAAAAAAAAAAAAGCCAUGCCCAAAUAUGUAUGCACAGUAACGACAGAAAUUCAGCAAAGACUUCCUGCAAGAUCAGAACUAGUCGGAGGUGGCGCUAUGAGCCAAGCUCUCCCAGGUGUGGUUGACAAGAAACAUCGUAGCACCUCCACCUCCUGGGUUGGUGUCCACGAAAUAAGGGGUGGGCAAUGCCGGAUUACUGAAAAGUGCUAAUGAAUGUAAACAGAUUCAGAAACGUUCCUGAAGGGGGUCACAGACCUAGUGACCCCCAGCACCAGUAGCACAAAACAAGGAUGGUUCCCUCUUAUCUUCUCAGCGAGCCCUAGGCUGUGGAGGAGGAAGUCAGGGGCAAGCGCUCAUAAACUGGAACAUCAACCCCGGGCAGGAGGGGGCACGAGCCAAGUAGGAAGUGGGGUGCCUGGGCUUGUUACUGUCACGUGAGCUUGCUUGGUCCCCUGGGGUUCCCCUUUCCCCUCUGGGGUGGGUGGAGCCUGAGGAGCAAGCUGGGAUACUGCUCCAGGCUGAGUUCUGGGUUUAGCAGACUCUAGCCCAGUUUACCAUGCAUCCCGUGGAAGGUAAGCUUGGCUUGUCUGUAGUUGAAAGUGCUUCUCUUCUAGUUCUGAAACAGAGGUGAAAAUCCUGGUCACCACGUGCUUCAAGUUAGUCCCUCAACAGUAGGAAGCAUGCCGGCCUCUGAGACCAAGUGGAUUUUAUGUUGUUGUUCAUUUCAAUUGGAAAUUGCAUAAUGGGUUUUGCAUAAUGUUCUGCAGUUGUGCUACCCUGUGUUAGAUAAACUCCAGUACCUUUCUGCAUCUUUCAUUUAGAGAGGGGGGACUCCACUAAGGUGUCCAGGCAGGUCUUAAACUUGGCAAUCCCCAAGCCUCAGCAAUACAAAUAGCUAGGGUCACAGGCCUGUGCCACUCUGCCUGGAUCUCAGACUGGUCUUAAGGUAGCUCUACCCAAAGUCAUAGUUAGUCAUAAAAACAAGUGUCAGUGAGUCUCUUCUGCCUCGUUAGAAGCUCACAGUACUCUAGUUCUUAGAGGGUUGCGUGAGCAGACGUCGAAUGUGUCCUGGAGAUGCACCAACACAAACCUCCUAACAAAACUUGCUGAUGUGAAUGCCAAGAUACGAACGUGUUCUGUUCUCAUACACGGUUUGAAAGCUGAAUGGUUAGCGAGCUGUUGCAAUGCCUUUGUUGCCAUCCACAAUGAGUGAGUGUGUGUGUGUGCGCGCGUGCGUGCAUGUGUGUGUGUGUGUGUGUGUGUGUUUGCUCAAGUUCUGAGGUCAGAGGACAACCUCCAGUAUAUUCCACAGCCUCUUUUUUUUGGGGGGGGGGGUUCUUUUUGUUUGUUUGUUUGUUUUUUCUUCUUUUUUAAGACAAAGUCUCUCAGUGCCUCAGAGCUGAAUGAGUAACUAGACUGUGGGGAGCCUGAUCCACCUACUUCAGCUAGCGCUGGGAUUAAAAACAUGCACCACCACCAAGGGUUUUUCUUUGUUUGUUUUUGUUAUUGUUACAUAGAUUCUAGCCACUGAACUGGUCUUUGUGCCAAAUGCUUUCCCGCCUAAACCAACUCCCAGCCAGCAUUGAAACAUUACUCUUCCGCUUCCUCCAAUCUUCCCCACAUUAAAAUAUGAACUUACUUACGAA